GUCUGCACCACAAGACUUCGAGACGUUAGAACGCAGCAGCUCGUUCGGACAUCUCGUUGCCAUUGUUCAAUUCGCCAGGUACCAGCGAUGACUGAGCAACAUCCAUACACGGCUGGCCCUCAGACGCCCAAGUCGCAGCACUUCGUCGUCGAUGAUCCACCCAGGCCGUUCCGAGAGCAAGAGAACCCAAUUCGCUCUGCGUCUUUACUCUCCAUGGUGAGCAUGGCUUGGAUGCAGCCGCUGAUCUCUCUCGGUGCCAAGCGUCCAUUGGAACAUGAAGAUGUAUGGACCAUGUGUCCAGAAGAUACGUGCGAGACGCUUCGAGUCAAGUUCGAGAAGGAACUCAACACUAUCAACAACUUGGAGACUCCACCACCGCUUGGCAUUCCGCGAGUGGCUUUGGCACUCGUGAGGACGUUUCCACAUCAUAUCGCCGUCGUGUUUGCAAGUGACCUGCUGUUCAUUGCUGGAUCUGCACUGAUGUCCUUCCUCGUGGAGGCCAUUCUGGACUAUAUCAAUGAUCGAGACAAUAUCUUUGGUAUCCAGAAUGGCUACGUGUUGGUAGUCAUGCUAUCGUUUGUGGCAUUCGUAUCCAUGAUGAGCUUCAACUUCGCCUGGUUUGUCUCGUCACGAAUUGGAGUCAAUAUGCGCUCAUUGCUACUUGAUGCCGUGUACCGCAAGUCGCUACGUCUCUCAAGUGAGGCUCGUCAGAAAUAUUCUUCGGGCGAGAUCAUGACGCUCGUCAGUGUCGACAUCGACCGGGUUUUCAACGGAAUGAUGAAUGGGCCGUGGGUUCUCCUGGCACCAAUUGGGUUUACAGUCACUGUCGUGUUGAUUGGCGUGCUUUUCGACACCGUUGCUGCUGUGGCAGGGCUAGCAUUGCUGAUUGUAGUGCUUACAACUUCAUUCAGGUUGGCUAAGCGGAUUGGCCGAGCUCGACGCGAACUGCUACCUGUGACCGAAGAACGUCUUCGAGUGACAUCUGAGGCACUUCAGGGCAUUCGCGUGACAAAAUUUUACGCCUGGAACGAGUCAGUGGCUACUCGAGUGGAGAAAAUGCGUCGUGAAGAAGUGAAACGCUAUCGUCACUUUCAUAUUCUACAGAUUCUAAACUCGGCGCUACUUUUCCUUACACCCACGUUCCUGGCCGGUGUGACGAUCGGAGUAUACGUCGUCUAUCGUGGCGCAUUCUCGGUAAUCCAGGCGUUUACAUUGAUCGCAGUUAUCAACGUGAGUCGACAAGGUGUCAACGCGUUCCCGUUAGGAAUUGCGGAUCUAUCCCAAUCAGCAGUAGCGUGUCACCGGAUCGACGAAUUUUUGGACAGCAAUGAGCUCAAAUCUGACACAGACGCCACUACAUGUAGUGAGUCGCAAUCUACCGCGAAAGGCAGUAUUUCCGUUGAGAAAGCUCAGUUUUGUUGGUCUGCGGCUGGUGUUUCUUCCGAUGGCGGCAAGGACGAGAGUUUUACGUGUGAUAUGGAAGCGACCACAGGCUUCAGCCUUGAGGACAUUAACCUGCACGUCGAAGCUGGUUCUCUCGUUAUGGUUGUUGGCACCGUUGGAUCAGGGAAGUCAAGUUUGCUGCAGGCAUUGCUCGGUGAGAUGAAAACGGCACGUGGACACGUUGAUAUCAACGGAGAAAUCGCGUAUGUGAGUCAGGAAGCGUGGAUCCGAAACGCAACUCUGCGUGACAACAUCGUGUUUGAGGGGGAUUUUGACAGUGAACGCUACGACAAGGUGCUGGCAGCGUCUCAAUUGUCUCUGGAUUUGGCCGCACUGCCCAGUGGUGAUCGUACUGAGAUCGGUGAACGCGGUAUCAACUUGAGUGGAGGGCAGAAAGCUCGAGUGAGCGUCGCUAGAGCGCUGUAUCGCAAGUCUACGGACAUUCUGCUACUGGAUGAUCCAUUGAGCGCCGUGGAUCCACACGUUGCACAUGCCAUUUUCGAGCAGUGUAUCCUAGGUCUUACCAAACAAAAGACUCGUGUUCUGGUGGUGAACAGCCAUUACAACCUGCUGGUUCAUGCCGAUCACAUUUUGGUCAUGCAGAACGGACGUGUUGCGAGUGAAGGGAAAUACACAGAAAUUGUUGCUCGGUUCCCGGAGUUGGCUUCUAAAUCGACAGUAUGGGUGGAGAAUGAUGCGGUAAAGGAGACCAAACAGCAAGUAUCGACGUCAAAUCAAGAGAGCCAUUUCGGUUCUUCACCCCCCGUUGCUACUGGCGACGUAAAGACUGAAGAUCAAUUGAUGGAGAAAGAGGAUCGCGUAAAAGGAAGAGUGACUGGAUAUAUUUACAAGACUUAUCUUGACGAGACUGGCGUCGGUGCAUUCGCUGUUGUGGUGAUCGUCGUUACGGGGUACACCGUAAGCCAAGGACUUCUCGUUCUAGUGAAUUGGUGGCAAGCGUACUGGGCUGACAAUAUGCGUCACCCCAGUGCAUCCUAUUCAGCGUCGUGGUUCGGUUUGUGGUACUUCGGGUUCAUCGCUCUCGGCGCGGUCGCUACAAUCUGCCGUAGCAUCACAGUGAUGUUAUUACUGCUACGGAGCUCCAAGAACCUGCACGACGAACUCUUUCGACGCGUCCUUACCGCACCAGUGAACACGUACUUCGACGUGACACCCGUGGGUCGAAUUCUCAACCGCUUCUCGAACGACUUGGACCAAAUGGACUCGUUACUCCCACAACAGUGGCAGAACUUUGUACAGAAUAUCUCACUAAGUGUUGGAGGCUUCAUCGUCUGUGCUCUGGCAUCCUACUGGAUUGGGGUGUCGUACAUCCCAGUGAUAGCUGCACUUGGUGUGACGGGCGUCUACUUCAAAAAAACUUCUCGUGAAGUGAAGCGCCUCGAGGGAAUUUCGCGAUCGCCCGUGUACAAUCUACUCGGCGAGACGUUGAACGGUGUACAGACCAUCCGUGCCUUCAAGAUGCAGUCGACAUUUGAACAGAUGAACGCGAAUGCAGUCGAUGAGAAUGCGUCAUUCUUCUUUAUCUACUGGGCAGCCGGUCGGUGGUUGGCGGUGCGUCUAGACACUCUCUCUGUUGUGGUCAUUUUUGUGGUCUCUCUCUACUUGGUGGCGACGAAAGGACAACUAGGCACUUUGCUGUCGGGUAUUUCACUCGUGUACGCGCUCAUGUUGACGUCGAUGGUCCAGUCUUCGGUGCGUGAUGUGGAUCGUACAGACAACGCGAUGACGAGUGUUGAGCGCAUUCUGCACUUUCGAGAAAUUCCACAAGAGGAAGACGCACCUGACGCUCCUCCCGUCAACGACACCUUGUGGCCGUCACAAGGUGCUAUCAAAUUUGACAAUGUACAGCUAAAGUAUCGACCGGAGUUGCCUCUUGUGCUUCGUGGUGUGAACAUGGACAUCACUGGUGGUGAGAAGGUGGGGAUAUGCGGACGCACAGGUGCCGGUAAGAGCUCUCUGACGAUCGCGCUCUUCCGUAUCUGUGAGUUUGAAAGCGGAACCAUCAGCAUAGAUGGUGUGGAUAUCCAGAAAGUAAAAUUGCAUGACCUUCGACGGAGCCUCGCAAUCAUCCCGCAAGACCCCGUGCUAUUCAGUGGCGCGCUGCGGGACAACCUCGAUCCGUUUGGCGAAUAUUCGGAUGCUGAAAUCUGGACAGUCUUGACGCAGGUUCAUCUCGCAGACGCAGUUUCGGCUUGGGGUUCUGGUUUGCAGUUCGUUCUCUCCGAAAAGGGCGACAACUUGUCGGUGGGGCAACGACAACUACUUUGUAUUGGUCGGGCGUUGCUCAAGAACAGCAAGAUCGUCGUACUGGAUGAGGCCACCGCCAACGUGGACACGGCCACCGACGCGCUCAUCCAAGCCACCAUCCGACAGACGUUCGCCGACAAGACCGUGCUGAUCAUUGCGCACCGCAUCAAUACGAUCAUGCACUGCAACAAGAUCGCGGUCAUGGACGCCGGCCAGGUGGCUGAGUUCGGGUCACCCGCGGAGCUGUUGGCGCAGUCAGAAUCGAUCUUCGCAUCAUUGGCUGAAAGAUCUAAGCUGUAGUGUUAAAAUAACUGCCCACCGCGUAUCCAAGAGACUAAUAAACAUUGGCAUCAAAUACUGAAAGCCCUGCUUGC